AUGUUACCCGCCCUGAAUUAUAUCUCACCUUUCUCACUAUUUCCUGUUUCGGCAACCUCGUUUUUCAUGUUCGUUUCUUUUUAUUCGUGCGACGUUACAUUCUUUUUACACUCUCCCUGCAUUCUCCUUUGUUUUUUUCCACCUGCUAUUCCAGCUUCCUGUAUUUCUUGUAUCCCAUUUCCUGUUACGGUAAGUAUGUUUGAUACACGUUUCUUUUCCCAGCUUCCUCUUUGUGCAACUGUUUCUGACUAUCCUCUUUGGUCUAUCGUGCCCACAGAUUCCAGUGUUACCCGUACGUCACAUUCUUACACUUUUACUAUCUUGACCAACCUUGCUCCUCUUGCCAUCAAACUUCAUCCCACCUAUACUUGUAAUCCACAUUUCCAUGUGUUACCCGGAUGUCACUCUCUACCUUACUUGUCCACCCCUAUCACGUGCCUCCUCUCUCCUCUCAUCUUCAUUUUCUUCCUCAUCACUUCACACGGCACAAACAUACCCAUUUCUCUUUCGUCUUUCUCUUCCCUCUAUUCCUCCCUCCUUUAA